AUGUCGUACUCGCAGCCCCCGCUGGGCCGGAAGUCAUCCGCGCCAUGGAAUCGCCUAAGACCAGUAAAGCAGGACCCCUUGGAGGUUAUGGGUUAUGUGUCAAAGGGCGAUAACAGGCUACUGGACAGCAAGGCGCAAGAGUCAUUCUACGACAAAAUUGUCGCCCGUUAUAUGCAAUUCUGCUCACAGCACUCGAAGGAUCUAGACUCAGCCUUUGCGUCGCUCUCGAUUGCGCCAAACAAUGAUCACAACGACCGCAAGGCUUUGCUCCCGGGUGAGAGCAGACCUCUGACACCGUCUCCACCCAAGGAUGCCAACCAUUGGGGGGCGUCACCGCCGCAAGAACUUCAGCUGAUCUUGACUGCACUUCGCAAACUGCGGGAAGGAAUACUUGGUUCGUCAUCGACCAGAAGCUCACCUGUCUUGGCACAGCGAGUCCAUGUCUUCAAUAUCCGAGUGGCGAUUUUGGCUCAUCAUUGGGAAUCAUACCUGCCGUCUCUGAUAUACCUGCUAUCGCGUCUGCAUUCUCAAGAGUUCCCACUCCCCAAGUCGGAGCUAUUUGAGAUGACAUCGUAUCUCAUCCUGGAUCUGGGCACCCGUCAGAACAAUCUCGGAGCUGCCUUUGCUCUGCGUCACAACAGUCGCGUCAGGUUUGGAUAUGAGAACCGCAGGGUCGACGCCAUUCUCCACGCUGUAGUCACCAACAAUUGGAUUGUUUUCUGGCGCACCCGCAGGAUAGUGGAUGGUUAUUUGCGAGCAAUGCUACACUGGCACGCCGAGACGAUCCGCAAGCCUGUACUGAAGGCCAUCGGCCGCACAUAUAUGGCUACCGAUCUCCAAUGGAUUCUCUCCAGCACGACUGGUAGCGACGGUAGUGACAUGAGUUGGGAAGAGCUUGUCCAAGCGGAGGAUGUCGGCUGGGCGCGCGACGGCGACAAGGUCAUAAUUCGGAAGCCAAAGGUUCGACCUUGA